AUGAAGAAAAUAUCCACAAACCGGUUAACAGUAGAAGAAUCAAUAAGCAUUCAAAAGCUAUUUUACAAUAUCCUAGAUUGGAGUACAUUGGCAGAUGGAGAAAAUGAAGACGACUUUCUACUAGCGUGUGAAAUCUGGCAUGCAUCGUUUCUGAAACUAGAGCCCGAAUUGACCAAGCUCCAGGAGUUGUUAGUUGCCAAACGAGACAUAUUUGUUCAUGUGAUGAUGAAUAAUCGGAACUAUUUAGCGUAUGAAUACUUGAUGAAAUCAUUAGUUGAUGCCCAUGCCCAGAUACCCAAGAAGUGGUGUGACGUACAAGCAGAGACGUUUGGAUUCACUAAGGAAAAUGGAAAAACUGUUUUCAACACUGACAAGAUCUCCGCUUUCUUAUCCGAUCCUGCCAAUUCCAAGCAGCUGAAGAGAACUUUGAUUUCAUCCUUCUUGAGAAUUGGAAUUCACAACGAUCGAAGUGACCAAACGAAUCUCAUAUCCCAGUUUAUCAGGUUUCUUAUGCAAACUACUGAUCAGCAUCUACUACUUACCAAAAAUGCUCAUUCUUCUUAUAGAAGUGCCCUUUAUGCUCUAGUGGAUUAUUAUGAAAGAGAAGAAAACUCAAUUGAAGAGAUUGGUGGUAUUUUUGAACAAUUAUUUCUUCGAAACUCUGACGUUUUCUACAAUUUUCUUUCGACCAUGUUGAAGGCUGCAAGUAUAAGGGCACCAAUCCAAGCAAAGAAGUACUGGGCCUACAAACGUCAAUGUUCACAAGCUUCAGAGAGAGACCAUAUAACUCCAGACGAUUUGACUUCGGUCAUGUCAGCUCUUUUUCUGUUGAGAGACUUUGAAGGUGUACUGGCAAUCAGCAAAAAUCACCCUGAUCAUUAUCAUGAAAACCAGUUGUCCAUUUUCUUGAAGGUAAGUCGAGCCAAAAAUGAUUGGAAAAUGCUUCAAGACCAGUUUGAAGCCAUGUACGGAAAGGGUCAUCUUCCCUAUGCAACACAUUAUUCUAUUGUUAUGAACAGUUUGGCAGCUUUGGGUGAAAAAACCGAUAUAGAUAGACUUUUCAACCAAUUGAAGAAAAGAAACAUUACCCCAACACCAAGCAUAUGGGGAGCUUUGAUCAAAUGUCGAAUUGUUCUCAAUGAGUUUGAAGAAGCUCAGACGAUUUUCGAGAAGUAUUUGGAAGAGUUAUCUCGAACAGCUUCUAGUGGUGGUUCUACAAGUAGCCAGACAGCUAGUAUCUACCGGUUAAUGAUGUCUGUGAAAUUGAAAUCACCUAACAAAAAGGAAGUUUUGACAUUUUUUGAAAGCUCACUUGAUAGGCAAAGACAGGAAGAUGUGGUGAUAGUCGACUCUAAAACCGUAACAAAAGUGAUCCGUUAUUUCGAAGAAGCAUAUGCAUUUAAGGAAGUUCAAUAUGUGAGAGAAAUUUGUGAAAAGUUAGAUAUCAUGGAUGAGGACAUCUACUGCAGUUUGAUCAGAGCUUAUUCUCGGUUUACUCAGCAUGAGAUGGCGGACAAUUUGGCUCUUGAAGCCCAUCAUAAGUCUAUUACUCCUCUUAUGAGCUCCCGAAUUCUCAAAGAGCAAUUAAAGAACUACAGACAUUGGUUUAAGAAUAGAGACACCAAAGAAGAGAAAUGGUAUAUCGAAGCCAGAAGUGAACAGAUCAUCAAAAGUGUAUACCGGGAAAAUACGUCGAAGCAUGACCUUCAGGGCUUGUACGUGGAGGUUGAAAGGUACUUUCUGGAUACUUUUCAAGUUGGGUUUGCAUUUCGGUAUUUGGAAAAGAUAAAAGCUAUUGGAACCCCCAGAGAAGAAGCAUAUAUACCAUUAAUGAAGCACUUCGCAAGCAAGAACAAGAUCCAAGGCUACCAGAAAAUCAUACAACUCUACAAGGAGAUGGGAAGUCUUGGUAUCAAGUGUUCGGUACAUUCAUUUAAAUUUCUCAUGAAGGCAGUUUUGUUUGUUGACCAGCAUGUCAACCAGAACUUCAGCCGGUCAGAGAAGCUCUUGGAGUCCAUUCUUAUGACCAAUGACUUCCAGUUUCCUGGAUCAAAUUCAAGAUUGCUUGAAAAGGAGGGUGGCCCAACAAGAACCGCGAAGGCCAACAUCGACCAUGUGGCUACCGGUUUAUGUCAAGUGGUAUCAGACUAUCUUCGAGAAACUCCAGGUUCACAGGCAGAAAAAGCAGAGUUUUUGGUAGAUUUUUUAUCUCAAUUAAGGGAAAGACUUGAUCAUAAGAUGAAGCUUCAGGUGAGGUUGUCGGUGUAUCUCGAAAUGGGGAAGUUGUAUCAAAGGUUUGGAAACCUUCAGGCAGCCAGUUCCUUAAUAUCAAAUGGGAUUGCAGAAUUAAAUACUUUCAUCGAACGUUAUAUCGAAGAGUACCCUGUUCCUCACGACUAUAACUUCGAAGUGGUGAUUCCCAGAAGUAUCAUGAGAAACUACAGAACUUUGAUGUAUCUUCACAUUCAAGUCUUGAGGCAGAAUCGGUCCAGCCCCGAAGCAUACUUGGAGAUUGCCAAAAACUGUGAAAGAAACAAUAUCAGACUCAAUGGACAAGACAAUAACAUAAUAGUCGAAGAAUUGAUGAAGAUGGAAAAGUUCAAAGCAUUUGAUAAUAUUUUUUUCAUCACCGAAAACUUCCUAGCUGCUGGAAACUUGAAUGAAGUGAGUUUACAGCGUCACCUCCAGACCCUUUAUACGCUAUUCAUGCGUGAGAAGUGUAAGGUAACGUCUACUUCUAGAUUGAAACUGACGUACUCGAUACUCAAUGACUUCUACAACAUAGGAGAUUUGGAACAAUUGAAAAAGGGGUCCCGAGAAAACACCUCUGGUAGGUCUCAAUUUGUACUGGCCUUAAAGCUGUUUGGAAAACGAUUUUCUGAUGUGGGUGAUUAUGACAUAAAUUAUGUGAUGAAGAAUCCCGAGAUCUUCUUUUCACCCGAAAAAAGACUCACAUCCGUCAAUAAAUUGCAGCCAAUUAUUUCCAUCCUUUUAUUCCGGUACUUGAAGGGUUACACGAGAAUGAACAAACAAAAACUCUUUUUGUUAAUGGAUAAGUACCCCGAAUCUAUCGAGUGUCUUUUCUUGAGCCAGGCUUCCAAGUUUAGAACCGAGACAUUCAGAGCUCGCAUUAACAGAAUCAUUUCUCCUCCCGCAGACAAAAUAGAGUCAUUCCUAGAAAGACGUAUAAGAACCCGGCGAGCACUCCGGAGGAUAUUCAAGCUGGACGAUGAUAUGGACAGAGACACAGAUAGAGACGCCCAACUUGACGAUCACAUCGAUGAUUAUGAAUAUCAGCAAAACACCACAGACCAAAACCAUUUUAUGUAAAUAGAAAAACCAACCAGGCAAAAUAUGUAUAUAAUACAACACUAUUUAAGCACGGUCCUUCUUUGUUUUCACUUCGGCGAAGGUGAAAGGAGUAGUGGCAGAAGUUUGACCAAAUAUCAAUGGUCCAACGUGAGGUUGGAUGUUCCAUUCCAACUUAAGCUCAGCAUCUCUUUGCCUGAAGGAGUUUUCCACAUCCCAUACACUAUACUUGGCCCGGUGAUUCUUCAACGACAAUACAGCAUCAUCUUUGGAGGUGAUGAUUUUAUCCCAAUAUGUGACUUUAUUAGAGGAGCCAUCGCUUUUACCAGGGUACUCAGCAGUUAAAUAUACAAACACCUGCUUGGUGUUCCAAUUGAAUAAGGGGGUCAAAUCGGCAUCGAGAUCGAACUUUAUGAUGGAGUUUUCCUUUUGUUUACCGUUCUUGGCCCCAUAUUGGAAUGAUCCUUUCAACAGCGCACCCGCUUGAACAUUCGAAAUAGAUGUGGUAUUCAACGACCAGACCUGGUCGAGUUGUAGUUGGAAAAAGGAGGACACAAUCACCAAUGCAGCUAUUAUGGCCGUGCACGUAAUUGCAUGAUUGGAGAUGGCCUGAGCCCGUGUGACCAAAUUGAACAUUUUGUGUAUUGGUUAGCGUGUUCCGAAUUUUUGGUUUUCAGAUU